AUACUUUGUGUUAUUACUAUGUUUCUGUAUCUCUUCAGUAUGAUCUGAAUCCUCAAUAUCUUUUAAUGGUGUUUAUUAUCCUUCACAUUAUGAAUUGAAGGAAAAGAUCAUGGCUGCAUGUGGGCUACUGCUAGUGUGUCUGGUGAGCACACUGCUGUCUACUGGAGGAGAUGGGAUUGUGGACUGUAGCAACAAGACACUGCAAUUCAUACCCUCGAAUCACCCUCAAAACAUCACCAAACUAAUUCUGAGCAAUAACCUCAUAGAGUUGUCCAUUGCUGACGAAGCUGCUCUGAAGAAUUACUCCCGUCUGACUGAGCUCCAUCUAGAUGGUAACCGGUUGACUGUUCUGCCGGGGAAGCUGUUUAAGACCAUGUCAGAGCUGGAGGUCCUCAACCUGUCCCACAACAAUAUCAGUAGAGUGGAGCCGAAGGCGUUGUCUGGCCUGUUUAACCUGAGGGAGCUGGACCUGUCCCACAAUCAGCUACAGUCCCUACCUCUAGACCUACUGGCUGAUUUACAUAAGCUGGCUAUCCUCAGGCUAGGGGGGAACACACUGCGGAAGUUAUACAUCUCUGUGGAGAAGAAUCUGUUAAAGGAGCUAGAUCUGAAGGAGAAUCCAUUGAACUGCUCUUGUGUAUUUCUCAACAAGAUUAAAUCGAUGACCGACUCAAAGGUCCAGAUAACAGGCUCCUGUGCCAGCCCUGAGGACCUGGCUGGUAAAGGCAUACUGGACAACGGUACCAGUUGCUCUUCAGGGUCAUCAUCUUCAUCAACAGUUUCACCACCUACAACUCAGUCAACCACUGAGCCAACCUCAGCCCAGACCCCUACACACUCAGUGUCACUUGCAGUUACUGAACACACGAGCCUCUUCGACAAAGGCGUGGACCCAGGCAGUGGCAGUGGGAUGCCUGUGGUGGGGAACACCUGGAAGUUUCUCCUUGGUGUGGUAGCCAUCGCCCUGACCACCUCUAUGUUAAUCGUGUGUGCCGUCAAGUCCCCGUCCUGGUACAAGCUGCUGUUCAACUACCGGCACCAGCGGUUGAGAGAUGAGGAGGAGGAUGCUAACGUGUUCACUACAGGACGCUACUCUAACUUCAGCUUGGACACGGAGCAGACGGAGACCAGCGCCCAUGAGCUGGACCACAGGCCGGAUGGGUUGGAUGAUGAGGAGGAGGAGGACGGAUACAUAGAGGACCGCUACAUAGAGGCAGAGGACUAUAAAGACAACACAGAACCCUGACGCUCUCUGAGCCGCUCCCAGCCUUCUGUUUGUGUAUGUGACCUUGGGUAUUGUGACAUCAAAAUGAUCCCUUUCGAUACGAUAAAGUAUCCUAUUCUACUCUACUCACUGAUAGUAUGAGAAAGCCAUGGUUGUCUGUACGUAACCCAUGCAUUGCCUGCUGCCACUGAUUAUCAUUUAUCGUUUGGCCAUUGAGCUCAAUGCUUUUCUCUUUCAUCAGACAAAACGUGCCUAAAGGUUGUGUACAUUUGUAAAUAUUUGCAAGUUUUGGAAAUGUAGGAAUUGAGUGAAAGGCCCGACCAGGUGGGGUGUUUUGACGUCAUGAUUUAGGCUACUUGCAAAGUUGUACUGCCGGAGACAUAGUGUCGGUAAUCAACGUUUUGUCAUAUUAAAUACAUAUUUGAGUACUUGCUCUCAUCUCA